CACACCUUUAAAAAGAAAAUAGCAGUUGGUGGUAGCAGGAAGCAGGAAGAGAAAGAGAUGACAAUAAUAUUUAUAUAUGUAUAAAACCGUGAUAUUUUCAAUGAUGGCAGAGAUGCAUAAUUAAUUGAGAGAUGCAUAGUUAAUUUUUGAGAGAGAAAGUUUACAAGAAUCGAAAAUACUCAAUAAUAGUAUCAAUUGCAAUACUUACAAAAUCUAAGUGAAAAUGUCAGCUUAUGUUAUGUGCUUAACUUCCUCUGGAGGGAUUCCUUUAUUUUCUCGCCAGAAGGGAGACAGUGAUACAAUGACGUUUUCGAAAAUUGCAUCCCUCAAUGGAAUUCACAUGUUCUUAAAGUCACAAGAUAUCAGUUUGUUAAGCACCGACUUGCCAGAUAUGACAGUAGUAUGGAAAGAAUUUGAGCAAUGCAUUAUAUUAAUAGCAAUUGCAAGUGGAGUAACAAAAUAUAUAUUGGAUAAAUUUUUGGAUGCUACUUUUGGUGCAAUGGUCCUUUUCGCUGGCAUUGAUGAAAUAAAAAACUGUAAAAAUAUAGAAAGGCUUAAGAAGGACAUGCGUCUCUGUAGCUCUAUUAUUGACAGCUUAAUGGAUUGCUUGGACAUAGGAGAUAAAAUUUCUACAAAAACCAAUAUGGUUAAUAUGACAGAAUGCAUCAUAUCCUCAGAAAAUACUUUACUUCAGACUUGUUUGGAAGGAUUUAUGGAAUAUCUGGACUCAAUAUACGGAUGUGUUCUGGUUCAUGGUUGUGUGGCAGCUGCUACAGAGGGCUGGUGGUUGCUAGAUCCUGUAGAAAGAAAAUUGUUAACUAUAGCCAUUACUUCAGAGAGUAUUUGUACUACACAUGACAUUCCAGUUUUUUUACCUUGUAAAAGUCCAAAUGUAGCUUUCAGAUUAGUAUCUAUAACUCUUAUUAAUCAUGUACAAGUUUUGGCAUUAUGUGGACCAAAUCCAGAAUUAACAGAAAUUGAGAGAUUUGCUGUACAAUGUUGGAAGAGUAAUAUGGAUGCAUUAUGUACUGUUGAACAGUGUUAUCCACGAAAUUUACCUGCAUCAGUCUCUUUAAAUAAUGAGACACUUGGGUUUUUGCUGGCAAAUUACAAAAUAGAAAAAUUCGUACUUGGUAGAAACUUGCAAUGUGAAAAAAAUCGUGUAACAGGAUCACAUAGAUUAGAUAUUCUACGAACGUUUUAUCAUCAAGCAGUUGAAAUGUUUGGAUUAUCAGUUGAAUACAAAGAGACUAAUGAUGAGAAGGUAAUUACAAAUGCCUGGCAGUUUACUGGAGCAAAGGAAACAUACUUAUGUUCUGAAUAUCACAAAUGUCAUGCUGUAAAACAUAAUGACUAUAUUCUUUGUGUUUUAUAUACAUCUAUAGUACCUACUCAUACUAUGAGACUAAUUAGUCAGAAAAUACUAAAAAUGAUGUUCAAUGAUAAGCAGACAUAUUGGUAGAUUAGUUUAUAUAAUGUAUAUAAAAUAAAGAAUACUUUUAUAUAUUAA